GCGGUGCAGGCUCGAAGGGCCGAAUGGCCUACUCCUGCUCCUAAUUUCUAUGUUUCUAUCCAGCUGUAACCUUGAGUAAAACCGUUACUUUAUUUUCCGCUGGCCAUAUUUUUCAAUUGUUGUAAAUUCCUCUCGCUUUCUCUAGCUUCCAGCUGCUUACCAGGCUGGUGGAGAUCCCGCGGUGGACUUCCCCGUGUGUGGGGCCAGUCUGCCUUCCCGGAGCUGGGCGCCAGGUGGCCGUGGCCGUGGCCGUGCCCGGCUUGGGAGGCAGGUAGGUCUCCAAUAGCGACGGUAAACAAGCUACAGCUGCUCCCGCCACCUUGCCUGCAUCUAUCUAUCUCCAUGCAGUGGCUCGUUGCAGAUGGGGAGUUCUCGCUGACAGUCGGGAGAGUUUGCUGUUCUCGGUGAAAUCACGGCCACCCACACCCACUGCCAAGCCGCCUCUGACUCUGAGGUUGCAGCUGAGCAGGAUGGCUGACUUGAACAGGACCACUUCGGCCGGCUACCGCUUGGCGGAGGCACCGACGGUCGCUGCCCUUGUGCCCCCGAGCAAAGCGGCGGGUGGAGUCCGCGCAGCCCCGGGGAAGAGCGGGCAGCUGGGAGGGCAGGAUGUGGUGAGAAACGACCAAGUGUGGAGGGAGUUCGUGCGGGCGGAGCGGCAAGGGGCAAGGCAGUGGGAAAGCAAGUGGGAUUUUCUUAAAGAUUACGAUGCCAAGGGUGCAUUAAAAAUACAUGAACCUCUUCCAGAGUACGUUCCUGUGUUCUCUGACAAUAUUCCAAACACUGCAAACCGGACAUUUGGCAGCAGGAUGGACACUUGUCUUGGUCAAGCAUUAAUAAGGAUGGAUUAUCAGCUUCAGAGAGACAACCGGAAGAAAAAACUGGACAAUGAGCUUGUUCCGUAUUAAAUGAAAGCAAAGUUAAAUUUCAUAAGUCAGGAAAAUACUUGAAUCAAACCUAGUAGACAGCUGAGUCUUAAUAUUGACUUGGAGAUGGAAUGGGGAAAGGAAGCCUGUUGAGAAUUCAGGAAACUUAAAAUGGUUUCCCUCAAACUCUCCCAAAUGUAACCAUGGGGCUUGAUGAACCCUUUCUCUCCAUUUUUUUGUUGCAGUCUGAUGGAUUGAUGAGUCAUCUGGCUGGUCACCAGGUAGGAAGGUCUGCUAUGUUCAGGGAGCAGAAAAAAUUGGGAGUUGUGGUUGAAUCAGUGAGUUUGCGACACAUUGGAAAUGAGAGCUAGCGGGAGACGGCGGUCAGGACAACGAGAGGUUGUACCCUGGGUGUAGUUCCAUCAUGGGUUUGAAUGAGGAAUGCAAGUAAGAUAUAUCCUGCAGAAAAGCAAUUAAAAGAUAUUUGCUGGGUCCACAUCUCCCUUUAGCUGGUGUCUGUAAAACUCUGCCAUCCACAGUGAAAUUUAAGAAUGAGAUUAAAUCUGGAGCAUGUGCCAUAAUAAUAUUGAAAUCUCACCGUGAAACCUGUUGAUUCCAGUCCAGUCCAGCUGCCCACUCUUACCUCAUUGUGUUAAGAAUUCCCCUCCACAGCCACAAAUAAACUUGAAUUUCAAGCAGGCAAACUUUAUUCUCCUCAAUGCUAAUUUGGUUUUCUAAUUCUCAGGUUUUAAUUGAUUUCUUAAAGUAGAAUUUUAAAAAUGGAGUGAAAUCAACCACUCCAAAUUUUCAGAUUAAAAUUAAAAUUAUCAGAUCUAACCAGCAAUAUUUUGUUUAAGGAAUAAAGCAAAGUAAACAAGUUUCCACAAAGCAUUAAUCUCCAAUGGGCUUUAGACUUUAGAAAUACAGCACAGAAAUAGGCCCUUCGGCCCAACGAGUCCGCACCAACCUACACAAAUACUAUCCAACACUUGGGCCAAUUUACAAUUUUUAUCUAAGCUAAUUAGCCUACAAACCUGUAUGUCUUUGGAGUGUGGGUCACAGGGAGACUGUACGGGCAGUCAGGAUCAAACCCAAGUCUCUGGUGCUGUAAGGUAGCAACUGUGCCACUGAGGUUGAUUAACCUCAAUACCUGCAUUAUGAGUGACACUUUUGUGCCACAAAGAGCUUUGUUCAUCCCCCUUUACAGGACUCGUGACUGAAGGUGUACUCUAUGCCAACCUCGCGCGUGAAUGAGAAAGAUGAAGUGGUCCCUACAAAAGAUAGAAAAUGCAGCUGUGCACAUCAACCUAGAACUUCUCUUCGCCAAGCAGUUGAUAUUUUAGGCUUUAUUACAUUCAGCCCUAAUUUUAGAAGAAUGAAUUGCACUAAAUAUAGCUGUGAUAAAAUGUGAA